CUUUUCUUAGAGCAGCUUUCAUUGAAAAGCAGAUAAAAUGUGCCCUUUUUAGGCUAAAUCAGCAUGUUUUAAAGUCCUUUCUCUGUGGUUCCGACCACAGGAACUGUGGGCGCUGGUGACACCGUGGAGGUGACAGUGGGAUUUCACCCGCUGAAAAACGAUGACUAUUGCAAGGACUUGUGCUGCAACACAGGUGAAGAAAUUAUCAAGAUAAACCUCUACGGAGACGCUAUAGAUUUCGAUAUUGGGUUCACCACAAAUUCUGUGGAGGUUGAGAAGACUUUCAUCACCAUGUCAAACUACACAACCAUGCGCGUUUGCAACAGGAGUAGGAUCACAGUCCAGUUCCAGUGGAAGGCUUUUCCUACUGAGGAAGAUGAGAAUGAAGAGAAGAAGAGGCAGCAGAUACCGCUGGAGCCAAGAAUGUUGUUUCUGGACAACUUAAUUGAGGAGAAAAAAGAGAAGGUGAACGGCUUUUGGGAAGAUCGCACUACCCUCCCGAGCAACAUAGCCGAGAACUUGGUAAAGAUGCCAGAAGACCCCUUGCUGUUCUCUGAUGACGUUUUUUUCAUCGAGCCAAUGGAGGGAGAAAUUGAGCCGUAUACCUCGGCUGAAAUCAAGGUGACCUUCAAACCCCUAGAGGCACUAGAGUACCAAAAUAUGGCUUACUGCAACAUCUCAGGUACAGCUCCUUUCCCCUGCUUCUCUCACCCACAGUGAGGCCAUGGUGCAAGCCUGGGCUCCCGUGUAACUGCUGGGAAGAAUCCCUGGUCAGGAGGGCAGUGCUGGCACAUUCCCACUGGCCCUGCAGCUUCCAGGGAGUCUCCUGUGCAAGGCCAGGGCUCAGAACACCCGUGUGUGGGUUACCAAUCCCAGAACAGCCCAGGCAGUGCAGGGAGAAGUUUUCAUACCAUGCCUUUGCCAACAUUUCCUCAAAGGCCAGAGAGCUACAGAGCAGAACAUCUUUAGUGAACAAGCACUAAGCCCCUCUAGAGAACA